AUCUUGUGGACCCAAUGCUACAGCCUCUUCCUUGGCCUCCAAGCUACUACCAAUAAAUGGCAACCUGAGAUUGCAUAUAGAGCUUUACCUCCUGAUGCACACCCUCUCCAUCUGUGGAGCUUGUUGUGAAAGCACUUCUCAUGGCUUCUCAUUCCUCUAGCCCAGAGUGCGAGAAAGCGUGCAGAAAAAUACAUGCAUCGUGGAAUCAACUUAACCACUUGGGUCUCGCUCUGGCUCUUCGAACCGCCGCCGACAGGCGGCGAAUCAAGGAGACCUAUAAAGCCAUGUACGGUGAGGACCUCGUUGAACGCCUUCGCAGGAAUCAUAUAAGCAAUCCAAAGAAUGAGAUGUGCAACAUACUGUACAUGUGGAUGCUCGAGCCGGCGGAACGCGACGCCAUCGUGGCUAGGGAUGCAUUCGAAUGCAGCGUCGUCAACCACAGAGCUCUCAUUGAGAUCUACACGAGACGGAAAACGAACCACCUCUUCUUCACCAAGCAAGCUUAUUCAGCCCUGUGCAAGAGAAACCUGGACCAAGACAUCAUUGGUGAACAAAACAGUCCUUCUCAAAGGAUACUGGUCGCUUUGGCUGCCUCUCAUAGGUCGCACCAUGACGACGUUAGUCAACAUAUCGCAAAAUGUGAUGCCAAAAGAUUGUAUGAUGCAGGAAAACGGCGAAUGGGAAUGGUAGACGAACCUGUGAUCCUUGAGAUGUUUAGUAAGAGGAGCAUCCCACAGCUAAGUCUAGCAUUCUCAAGCUAUAAGCAUAUAUAUGGUCAUGAUUAUACUAAUACACUUAAAAAAGAUUGCUGCGGGGAAUUUGAAGACACGCUGAGAAUGGUUGUCAAAUGCAUCUACAAUCCUGCAAAGUACUACUCCAAGAUGGUGGACACAAGCAUGAAGGGGCCAGAAACUGAUAACAGAGCAUUGACUAGGGUUGUUUUGGGGAGCAUAGAAGUGGGAAUGGAAGAGGUGAAAACAAUGUAUGAGAAGGGGUAUGGGAAGAAGCUGAAGGAUGCUAUUUGUGAGCUUCUUCCAGAAGAUGAUUACAGAGACUUCCUUGUGGCUUUGACGAAUGGUCCCAUUUCUAUCCCGUAAUUUUGCGGAAUUAGAAGAAACUUAUUAUACUGUAAGAGACAGUGAGCUGAUUGUGCAGUAAUGAUAGGAAGAGCAAAAGAGACAAUUGCAAGUGUAAGAUGCUAUAGCUUAAAACACUUCGUUGUAACUGGGAGAAGUAUUUAAAUGCAAAAUCAUAUAUAUCUGUUCUGCGAAUAAGAA